CAACAGCCGCCCUGUCCAACCUCACCACUUCCUUGACCGUAUUCUCUGCCGUCAGCACAUAACCCAUCAUGGCUGACAGAUACUCGUUCUCGUUGACGACAUUCUCGCCCAGUGGAAAGCUGGUACAAAUAGAGUAUGCCCUGAACGCCGUCAACCAGGGUGUAACGUCGCUGGGGAUCAAAGCUACCAAUGGUAUCGUGCUCGCGACCGAGAAGAAGUCAUCAUCGCCGCUCAUCGACUCGCACUCUUCGUCCAAGGUCAGCCUCAUAACACCCAAUAUUGGCAUGGUCUACUCGGGAAUGGGACCCGACUACCGCGUUCUCGUCGACAAGGCCCGCAAGGUCUCACACACCGAAUACAAGCGCAUCUACAACGAGUACCCACCCACGAGGAUAUUGGUGCAGGACGUUGCGCGGGUGAUGCAGGAGGCUACACAGUCAGGUGGUGUCCGACCAUACGGUGUCAGCCUGCUGAUCGCAGGAUGGGACGACGGCAUCGAGCCAGAAGCAGAGGGCAAGAGCGAAGAGCAGACAAGCGAGGAGAAGAAGAAAGUCAAUAGCAAGACGGGCGGUAUCUUGAAAGGCGGACCCAGCCUGUACCAGGUCGAUCCCAGCGGCAGCUACUUUCCGUGGAAGGCGACAGCGAUCGGCAAGAGUGCGACGAGCGCGAAGACCUUCCUUGAGAAACGGUACACCGAAGGUUUGGAGCUGGAGGAUGCGAUUCACAUCGCUCUACUUACCUUGAAGGAGACGAUAGAAGGAGAGAUGAACGGCGAUACGGUGGAGAUCGGCAUCGUUGGCCCACCAGAGCACAGGCUUCUUGGAGUCGAGGGAGUCGAGGGAGCAGUCGGCCCACGGUUCAGGAAGUUGAGCCCCUCAGAAGUCGAGGACUACCUUACGAAUCUGUAAAGUACAAGAUGUUUGUAAGAGAGUUCAGCAUGGCCCUUGCAGUUUGAUCACAGUGGCAGAACGGCCCCGUACGUUCGCGCAGUACUGUUCAUGAGCAC